GCGGCCGGUAGGCCUCCGACACAGCGGUCCGAGAGAGGGACCAGGACCGCCACUGCGGGGAGCGCCUGGGCGGCAGCCGCCGCGGCCGGGGAAGCCGCGGCCGUCGCGCGCACGCUGGGCGGGGGCGGGGCUUCACCGCUGUUUACAAAACAACUCCUGGCGCGCCGUCCGGCGUGUGCAGAUUGCCAGUGGAGAUGAGAGUGGGUGAGUGUCAUGUGCAGAAAAUGGCCUCCUGUCUGAGAUCUAGUGUUCGACAGCCUUGAAAUCAGCUUUUGGUGGGGGCCAAAGGUUGGAAACACCAAGAUGUUUGACAGGAGCAAGCCAACUGAUGAAGCCUCUGCUUUUUCAGCACAAGGUGCAAGGAAUUGUUUUAUAGUGAACUGUUCAACACCUGCUGCGUUUUUCUCCAGAGGUGACUGCAUUAUGGUGACAGGUAUAGAAAGACAAGGUAUUGAAGGAUCCCUACAAAAGGAGAGCAAUAGCAGUGUAAGCAUACGAGAGCCAGAGCAGGCUGGACCUGGGUUAUCCAGUGUGCAAAAUAGACAAGGCUAUUGCAACUGCUGCCACGUGCACUACAGCAAUCUUGAACAGCAUGUUUUCAGUUCCCAGCACAGACAUUUCACCAUGUACUGCAGGAAUCGCACAGGUACCACCACCCUGAUGGAGCGUUUCCUGCAAGAUGUUCUGCAACAUCAUCCCCACAGAUACCAUGACAACAGACCAACAUAUGAUGACAUGCCAUUUCCCACCUCCCCAGUGGUUCCCCGGGAUGUUUUCCUGCUUCCAGAAGAGGAGGAGAAAGAGGUGGUAAGAAGCAUACGGGAGAUGCCUGGCACAGACAGUGAAUCCAUUGUUAAAUCAUGCUCCCCUUCUCCUUGCAGAUCUCAGGAGGGCAUAAAGUCAAUUUCUGUGCCACAGACAUUUAUCCAAAAACUAAAGAUGGGACAGGAGCACAUCUUAGAAAUAUCCCAGCAAACUUUGGACAUCUGUAGCAGCGAGAAAAAACAUACAGUAACAGAUGGUGCUCAAAUUGCAAAUAGUAGCCGUGAUGGCCAGUUUACAGCUGUGAGCCCAGUAUCUCACCAUUUGCGUAGCACUCCUUUAUGUCACAGUUCUCCUGUUAGCCCUGUAAUUGCAAAAAAUAUUAGGUACUCAGCAACAUCAAAUUUGAUUCCAAGUAGCAGGUAUGAUCACAUGCAGAAAGAUGUAUGCCAUAAGGAUGGAUUAUUAAACACAAAUCCUAAUCCUGUUCUGGCAUCAGUCCACCCAAAAAACCCUUCAUUUUCACAUCAGAGUCCUACCUGCAACCAAGGCAACUCUUCAUAUCUUAUCUCAGGUCAAUCUUUUUUUAAACUAGAUGGUUUACAAUCUCAGGAUGAAACUUUGGUGUCUGACUUCUGUCUCAGGGAUCUUGUGGUUACUAGCAACUCACGAAGUUUUGGGGCAUCCCCACAGUUAACAAGAUACAAAGACAUCAAGGUGAGCAGGGUUGAUGAAACUUCAGUAGAUAGGAUAAUUGAAGAAGUCAUUCUGAAGUACUGCCAUGGAGCUCCACCUAAUAAUUUGUCUUGCAAAGAUGAAGAGAGUAAUUCCUAUUUAAAUAUUUCAUCACUUCUGGAUCACAAUAGUCUAGAGGGCUCUGAAAUGAGUUUUAAUUGUGAGGCACCUGUUUGCUCAGGAGCAGGCCUACCCAAGGCAGCUACAAAUGAUAUAGAAUUCCUAAAAGAGGUCCAAGUAAACCUGGAAGAUAGAAACUAUGGAACACAACUUAGUUCUGUUCUAAAAGGUGGUUCAGUGGAGCAAACAGAAGCAGCAACACAGGAUAUAAUAAUUCAUAAUGAGGAACCAGUUCUUCCAGCUCUGCCUCAUGUGCCUCCUUCAUUUGUGGGAAAGACGUGGUCCCAGAUAAUGUACGAAGAUGAUAUAAAAAUUGAAGCACUUGUGCGUGAUUUCAAGGAAGGUCGUUUCCGUUGUCAUUUCAACAGUGAACCCUCUGCCAACUGUACAGGGAAGAGGAUGAGGAAGAAGCAGAAAGAUGAAAGGAAGAGUGACGUUACAGGUAACAGAACAGAAACUUCAUCAGUUAAAGCAUUGCCAGAAUUUAAUGAUGCUGUAAGUGGUGGUUCUGAUUUUGAUAACUUGUUGGCCUCUGAUACACUAUGCAACCCACAAAUACUUCAGAUACCUAGAAAGAGGACGUGGCGCCUUGCUUCAAGAUGCCAAGUGGUCAAAGUCAGCCAUGGAACCCAAACCAGUUUAGUGAACUAUCCAGUAGUAAAAAGAAAAAUCAUUAGAAAGGAGUCUGAUCCACCAGAUCAGAAAGCAAACAUUAUUUGGUCAGAGAAUGAAAGAAUUUCAAACAUGAAAACCAGACUGUGUGCCCUCAAGCUUCCUGAAGCAUAUACCAAAAUUAUGAGCCCUCUGCAGCCCAAGACAGUGGUUUAUGUCCUUUCAUGUCCAGAGAUUAAACAAUAUAAAGGCAAAUCCAUAGAUGCUCCCAAAAUGAGGAGAAAUCACAACUCCACAGACAGUAAGGACUCUGUAAGGUACAGAUACAAACAAUGUUCUCUUAAGUAUUAUGACCCACUGACAAAUCGAAUUCUGAAAACACCUCCCAAGAGCACAGUUAGAGAAAAAGCCAAAAAGCCCUCCCAUGUUCGACAACUGUUCAGGAGUCUAAGCCUCGAUGCAAACACGAAGAAACUAUCUGAUACACAGAAAGAAUAUACACCAUCUAAAUCCUUCAAUUGGCCAGGCUUCUAUAGUUCCUCUUCAGCGGCUUUCCUGUCAGAUCCAGUUAAAGGGAAUGAUAUGAAUUCAAGUCUGAGGACCGAUGGAUCUUCCAUUUCCACAGAAAGGUCUGAUUUUCCAGUGUUUGUUCACUCAGAGAAGUCCUAUAAACACUUAGUCAUUUCACCUUUCAACUCCCAUCAGUCUCAGAUAGAAGGAGAUGUUAGAUUAACCCCAAUUAAUAGCAGGGUUGCCAAAACACCUUUGAAGUCAAUCAGGAGCGAACGGUUGGAGAGGGAGAAUUCAAAGACAAUGUGGAAGAGGAAAGAAGGCACUAGUAGGGAACCAGGUUUUUCCAAAAAGGCUUCAGUACCCAUGUCUGUCAAUUGUGGCCUUGUGAGAAGAGGAAGUAGAGUAGCCCCAUGCAAACAAGCAUCCAGAACUAAAAAGCGAAAAAAGGAGCAGAUAAGAGGGAAGCUCUCCUCUUGUGCCCAAAAAUCUUCUUCUGUCUUCUCCAUCCAUAGGCACCAGACAAGGAAACCUACUUUGGGAAAGCACCUCAAAAAGGAAAAACUUGAUGCUAAAAAGCUAAAUGUUAGGAGGAAACCCAGGAGGACGUUUUUGAACUCUACAAUCAUUUCAGGGAUUACUGAAAAGAGGCAGAAAAUCACAGCAGGGUCUUUUCCGAAGAAGCCAGAACUAGCUUCUUCCAAAGUUAGGAGCUGGGAGAUAAGGGUCUCCCCAGCAUUGUGAAAUGGCCCUCUGGAAGAACUUCUAGUAUACCUAUAUUGGGAGGCUGUCUUGCUUUACCAGUAGAUAGCUAGCCAAUAAAACUACAACAAACUUUUACCUUCCCAACACCUGGGAAUAGGCUGAGGAAAAAGAGAGUGAACAGAAGGUAAUUAUACAAAAUCCAGGUGAUGUGCCAGAACUGCAGAUACAAUGGAUCAAAGGUCCAAUAAUAAACUACUAUAGUAACAAACUAAUUUCAUGUUGUUGGAAUAUGGGCACACUACAUAUUGCACUGUUUUUCUUUGAGUGAUGGUCCCUGUUGAAUUCCACUGAGAAUUUGCAUGUGUGCCAUGCGUCUGGAGCUGGAGAGUUUGAAUUAGUAGUGUCCAUUGGUCUGCGCAUGCACCCUUGCCUUGCGGAUUCAUCCUAGGUGAUAAAGGGUUGGGUGGACGGACUGCAUCUCCAGUUCCUUCUCACAGCUGCAUGGUCCAAGUCAGAGCUGCUAAUGUCCUCUCGUCUCUGAUGCACUUUUAAAAGAAAAAUGUUUUAGAAAUUGUGUAUAGUUAGUUUUUUAUUCUGCUGUCAUUACUGUUUCUUAGGUAGUUAAGUUUUUAGUAAUAGUUUUUGUAGGAUUUGGACUUUUGGGGGAAUCUGUUUUUUUUUUUUUUUUUAAUCCCCAGCAACCCCACACACCAGUGCUAGAUUAUGCCAAAAAUGCCAGGAUUCAGGAUUUGCACUUCCUGCCCCCGUUUUGUUCUCCGUCAGCAAUGAGCACCAAUGCUGCUUCUACUGCUUGGGAGAAACCCAUAUUUCAUCAGCAGUAUCUGCCAGUCCUUCCCAAGUCAUACCUGAGAAGGCUGGGCUGUCCUCCUCAAGAAGCACCUCAUGGAGGUCACCAUGAGACUGCAGUUCGACCCAGUCCAGUGACCCACCCCUGUACAUCUGCCUGAGAAACCCAGUAGUGUGCCUCCAGCCUCGGAGCUUGAAUCUGGCUCUGGUGGUACUGCUGCUAUGGACCCCAUGCCAGGGCCUAGUUGGGAGGCAAGGAAGCAUGCACAUAAGCAUGGAGGUAAGUCUUCCUCCAAGGCAAAAAAGAAUGAUGUGCCUUCCAUGAGUUCCAGCCACAGAGAAGCAGCGUGUUCCAAGGUGUCCACGCAUGACACAAAACUUAUGCAGACCAACAGAUUUGCCGGUACAGAGAACCAAGCUGCACAUGCCUUCAUUGUCAGCUUCCUUUAAAACAAGGGAUCCACCACUUCUUGGACAGUCUUCUGCUCUGGUGCUGGCUACAGAACAGGAACCGUUGACACAAGGAUGCUUGGAGAAAGCACCGGAGUCACAUGAGCAGUUUGCCGUGGCGGAACCAAGAUGUUCGCACCUUCCUCUGCCACCUGCUCCUAGAAAAGCAGUGAGAGAUAAAAAGGCAUCUUUUAAAAAAUGGAAGUCAAAUCCUAGUGAGGUAAAUAGGCGCAUAAACACUGCCAAAUUAAGUGUAAAAAUGUAAUAAGAAAAGACAAAAAGGCGUUUGAAGAACAGCUAGCCAAAAACUCAAAAGGUAAUAACGAAAUGUUUAAGUACAUCAGAAGCAGGAAGCCUGCUAAAUAACCAGUUGGGCCCCUGGAUGGUCGAGAUACAAAAGGAGCACUUAAAGACGAUAAAGUCACCACAGAGAAACUAAAUGAAUUCUUUUCUUCAGUCUUCAUGGCUGAGGAUGUUAGGGAGAUUCCCAAACUUGAGCCGUCUUUUGUAGGUGACAAAUCUGAGGAAUUGUCACAGAUUGAAGUGUCACUAGAGGAGGUUUUGGAAUUAAUUGAGAAACUUAACAGUAACAAGUCACUGGGACCAGAUGGCAUUCACCCAAGAGUUCUGAAAGAACUCAAAUGUGAAAUUGCAGAACUAUUAACUAUGGUUUGUGACCUGUCCUUUUAAAUCAGCCUCCGUACCCAAUGACUGGAAGAUAGCUAAUAUAACAUCAAUAUUUAAAAAGGACUCUAUAGGUGAUCUUGGCAAUUACAGACUGGUAAGUCUAACAUCCGUACCAGGCAAAUUAGUUGAAACAAUAGUAAAGAAUAAAAUUGUCAGACACAGAGAAGAACAUAAAUUGUUGGGCAAAAGUCAACGUGGUUUCUGUAAAGGGAAAUCAGGUCUUACUAAUCUGUUAGAGUUCUGUGAAGGGGUCAACAAACAUGUGGACAAGGGGGGUCAAGUGGACUUAGUGUACUUAGAUUUCCAGAAAGCCUUUGACAAGGUCCCUCACCAAAGGCUCUUACGUAAAUUAAGUUGUCAUGGGAUAAGAGGGAAGAUUCUUUCAUGGAUUGAGAACUGGUUAAAAGAUAGGGAACAAAGGGUAGGAAUAAAUGGUAAAUUUUCAGAAUGGAGAGGGGUAACUAGCGGUGUUCCCCAAGGGUCAGCCCUAGGACCAAUCCUAUUCAACUUACUCAUAAAUGACCUGGAGAAAGGGGUAAACAGUGAGGUGGCAAAGUUUGCAGAUGAUACUAAACUGCUCAAUAUAGUUAAGACCAAAGCAGACUGUGAAGAACUUCAAAAAGAUCUCACAAAACUAAGUGAUUGGGCAACAAAAUGGCAAAUGAAAUUUAAUGUAAAGUAAUGCACAUUGGAAAAAAUAACCCCAACUAUACAUACAAUAUGAGGGGGGCAAAUUUAGCUACAACAAAUCGGGUGAAAGAUCUUGGAAUCCUUGUGGAUAGUUCUCUGAAGACGUCCAUGCAGUGUGCAGCCACAGUCAAAAAAAGCAAACGGGAUGUUAGGAAUCAGUAAAAAUGGGAUAGAGUAUAAGACGGAGAAUAUCUUAUUGCCCUUAUAUAAAUCCAUGGUACGCCCACAUCUUGAAUACUGCGUACAGAUGUGGUCCCCUCAUCUCAAAAAAGAUAUACUGGCAUUAGAAAAGGUUCAGAAAAGGGCAACUAAAAUAAUUAGGGAUUUGGAACAGGUCCCAUAUGAGGAGAGAUUAAAGAGGCUAGGACUUUUCAGCUUGGAAAAGAGGCGACUAAGGGGGAAUAUGAUAGAGGUAUAUAAAAUCAUGAGUGGUGUGGAGAAAGUGAAUAAGGAAAAGUUAUUUACUUGUUCCCAUAAUAUAAGAUCUAGGGGCCACCAAAUGAAAUUAAUGGGCACCAGGUUUAAAACAAAGAAAAGGAAGUUCUUCUUCACACAGCGCAGGGUCAACCUGUGGAACUCCUUGCCUGAGGAGGUUGUGAAGGCUAGGACUAUAACAGGAUUUAAAAGAGAACUGGAUAAAGUCAUGGAGGCUAAGUCCAUUAAUGGCUAUUAGCCAGGAUGGGUAAGGAAUGGUGUCCCUAGGGUGGAGAUGGAGGGCAGGAGAGAGAUCAAUGAUCAUUACCUGUUAGGUUCACUCCUUCUGGGGCACCUGGCAUUGGCCACUGUUGGUAGACAGGAUAUUGGGCUGGAUGGAUCUUUGGUCUGGCCCAGUAUGGCCAUUCUUAUGUUCUUAUAAGUCUGAUCUCCUGUCUGGCACUUGCCACAGUCAGGCCCCACUUGGAUGCCUCCUUCUGUGGAUUGCACACUUCCGACGGUACUGCCAUUGGAACCAGGAUCUGAGUUCUCGUUGUCCUUGGAUUCUGACAGAGCACGAGAGCUGCCCAUUCCCUACUGCCAGUAUGAGUACCCAAAGGGACUGCCAGUGGAGUGGCAAUACCCCCCCCUCCCCCCCAACAACAGAGAAGCCACUGGUUGCCUUCAGCAUGGGGCCCUCCACAACAUCCACAGGAUCAGUCUUUCUGGCCCUAUUGAGGGUCCUGGUCUCAGUACCUACCCUCAGAACCUUCCUGUUCCACGUGGGAGGCUUUGCCUCUGUCCCCGUUGGGGCACCCUUGAGCAGACGCUCUGAACAAGUUAUGGAGGAUGAACUACUCAGUCCUGUUCCAACGGUACCGCUGGAGCAGGAAUACUUCCCUUCAUCCUCUUCAAAUGCUGCAGUCACUUCAGCCUCCCCCUUGUCUCCUGGUGAUUUUUGCCAGUUCCAAGAACUCCUGCGAAGGAUGGCGGACGAGCUUCAUAGUCCACUGGAGGAAGUACAAGACAAGCUGCAUCAGCGCCUGGACAUCUUUCAUUCCUUGGUACUGAGCAGGGUUGCCCUACCAAUCAACAAUGCUAUUCUUCAGCCAGCUUGAACAGUUUGGCAUACCCAGCCACUUGCACACAGAGAAGAGAUACUACGUACCAACCCAGGGGUCAGAGUUUUCUUUCCCCACCCCAAUUCUCUCAUGGUGCAAGCAGCAACAGAACGUUCCAGACAGCAACAUCUGUGCUCCACCCGACAGAUAAGCAGGGCAAACAUUUAGAGCUUCUGGGAUGCAAGGUCUUCUCUUCAGCAAGCCUCCAAUUCCAAUUUCAAACUACCAAGCCUUGAUGGCCAAAUAACAAUGGUAAAGUGAGGGACUUUACUGAAAAGCUGCCUCAGCAAGAUUGAGCAUGUUUCUAGUCUAUCCUGGAGGAGAGUAAGCUGGUGGCUAGAAUGGUGCUUCAGUCUGAAUGCUGCAUAUACCACUUGACGCUCAAUGGCCACAGGCAUUGUCAUGCGAAGGGAAUCAUGGCUUCACUCAUGCAGUUUUCCCAGAGAUGUGCAGAAUACCAUUGAGGACCUUCCUUUUGAUGAGUCACCUGUUUAAUCAGAAAACCGACAAAUCCCUCCAUUCCCUCAAGGAUUCCAGAGCCACACUUAGAUUGCUGGGUAUCUAUACACUUGUACGCAAGCAAAAAUUCUACUGCCCACCACCCACAGUGAUUCACUUCUCCCUAGUUCUUCCAUCAGAAGCCAUAUAAACCUCCUUGUAAGUGCCAGAAGACCCAACGAAUCCCACCCUCCAGGCCCGGCUUCUCCGUCUUUGUCAUCUUCCAUGCAGUCCUCUCCAAAGUAAUAUUUCUAUGUACCACUAGAGAACUGUCAACCACCAGGCCCUCUGCCAUGGAACCAACCCACCCCCUUUGGGGGUCAUCUAGCACUCUUCUUACCAGCUUGGAGUGCAAUAAUAACUGAUAAGUGGGUCCUGGAUGACAUCCACUAUGGUUAUACAAUCAAGUUCACCACACUACUUCAUCCAGAUCCCCUGCCUUGAUCCCUUUUCAGGGACCACUCUCAUGACAGCAUACUUGCCCUUAAAGUAGACUCUCUGUACUGCAAAGGGGAGCAAUAGAGCACAUUCUUCCGAACUAUCAGGGCACAGGGUUAUUCCACUUACUUCCUGGUACUCAAGGAAAAGGGUGCCUGGAGACCAAUCCUGGACCUACAUCACUUCAGCCACUUCAUCUGCAAGCCCAAGUUUAGUAUGGUUACCUUAGCAGCCAUCAUACCUUCUCUAGAAAAAGGCAUGUGGGUUUACGGCUCUAUUUUCACAUAGACAUCCAUCCAACCCACAGGAGAUUCCUGAGGUUCAUGUUGGGUCCUCAGCAUUUUCAGUGGAGGGUCCUACCAUUUGGACUCACCACUGCUUCCCAGGUCUUCACCAAGGUUUUCUCUGUCAUGAUAGCCCACUUCAGGCAUACAGGGGUCCUUAUUUUUCCUCUUCCUCACACCCUCACACUCAGUGGAAUACAAUAAGGACCAUGACUUGAAGAAGAACAGGUUACUUACCUGUAACUGGAGGUUCUUUGAGAUGUGGGUCUCUAUCUGUAUUCCACUUUCCCCUCUGCUGUGGAUCUAUUCGAUUUGCGGUGGAGAAGGAACUGGAGACAUGGUCUGUUCGCUCCUCCUUUUAUUGCCUUGGACAAAUCCAUGAGGCAAGGGAAGGGUGCAUGUGCAGACCAAAGGACACUACUACUUUCAGUUUGUCUGGCUCUGGACUCAUGGCAUGCAUGCAUAAAUCCUCUGCAGAAUACAGAUAGGGACCACCCAUCUCGAGGGUAAGUAACCUCCUCUUCUAUUGUGUAAAGUUACAGAAAUUGUGUAUUUGUUUAAAUUAAGCACUUAGGACCCUAUUUACUACACUUCAGUGCACCAUCACCCUUUACAGGAGACAAACUGUGAGCUUGAAUUGUAUCAUAUUGUAUUGUGUGAUACUAAAUACAGUGCAUUAUGCUGCAUUAGACUAUAAUAAAGUAACAUGUAGAAUUAACAUUAUUUAUUGUGCCUACCUUUCCUCACAAUUGUAAAGUGUAAAAAUAUGAUUAAACAAUUGUGCUAGAAAUUAAAUGGAGUAAUAUUAAGUUGUAGGGAAUAUGUAUUUGUGUUUGUAUGUGUAUAUUCACACCUAAUUACACAUACAGUACAUUUUAAAGACUGUUUCAACAGCAGUUUAAAUUAAUACAGUAUGAUACAAAGCAGAUCAGUGCAAUGGUGUCUUCAACAAAUAUACAAUUACAGUAUUGUAGCAAGUUGUGUAAUUUAGUGUUUUUCUAAAACCAUGUCCAGCUUUACUGGACAAAACAAGAGCACUGUGGACUUUCACUCUAGCAAUAAUGAAUGGUGUUGGUAAAGAAAUAAUCUUUCCAGUGCUAUACAAGCAACAUGGAUGGUCCUAAUGAAACCUCAAAAACCAAAAGAAAUUUAGAGUUAAAUCUGAAAAUUUAGCUUAAUGGUUUGUUUCAUAAUUCACCUUCUCAUUCUUGAAUAGAUCAGAGAAAAAGUUUGUCCUAGUGAGAGUGAAUAGCAGUGGGUUAUCCUGAAUUUCAGCCUUAACUGUGAAGCCCUUUUGGUUUUUUUGUGUAUUUAGAGCAGACCUGUUUUUACUUAAACUUAGUUUACUGUAGUUGAGAGUUUCCUUCUUUUUAAAACUUAGUAAAAUAUUUUUAAAAACAAUCUAAGGCCAUGAGAGUUUAGUCAGCUAAGGACUAUUUUGUAAAUACUUAACUGCAGUUUUUAAAUAAUCCUACUCCAUACUGACUUAUGGUUGGUUAUUAACAGUCUUAACAAUUCCACAUAUCUCUAGGUGGGUCCCUACCAAAUUCACAGACGUGAAAAACACACCAUGGACCGUGAAAAUUGGUCUCCCCUGUGAAAUCUGGCUAUUGUAGGGUGGUCACAGUAUUGCCCCCCCUUAUAUUUGCGCUGCCUUCAGAACUGGGCGGCCAGAGAGUGGCAGCUGCUGGCCAGGCGUCCAGCUCUGAAGGCGGAGCUGCCACCACCAGCAGUGCAAAAGUGGGAGUGGCAUAGUAUGAGUGGGGUCAUCACUUUUGGGGGCAGCAGAGCUGGCCUUACGGUGGGCGAUGUGGGUAACCUUCCAGGGUGCCAUGGUCAGGAGGGCACUGUGCUCUCACCCCCGUCCCUCCCACUAAGACCGCUUUAACCCCCAAGCACUAGGCCCAGAGCUGGGGAGGGGUAGGGCUGUGGGAGCCCCAGUCGGGGGCUCCUACCAUGCGCUGGGUUCCAGCUCCUAGUUCUGGCUAGGGUGGGAAGGGAUGGGACUUCCUCUGCACAGGUCACACCACCUCUGGGAACCUCUCCGGGCUGCAGGAAGUUCUAUGGCUGGUGGCUGGGAGCCCAGCUCUGAAGGCAGCGCCACUGCCAGCAGCAACAUAGAAAAGAGAGUGGUAAUAUCAUGUCAUGCCACCUUUACUUCUGUGCUGCUGCUCCCUUCAGAGCUGGGCUUCCAGCCAGCAGCCGCCACACUACGACCACCCAGCUCUGAAGGCAACAGUGGAAAAGCCCAUAGCCUUUUUUCUUUUUAGAACUAUUAUAGUGACAGCCUCUUUUGUCAAGGCAUGUUUAGAAUUUGCAGACCCUGAUCCUGCAAAUACUUCUGCACUUUGAACUUCACCUGGGUCAAGUAUAGCAUGUACUUAUAAUAUCUUCAGGAUCAGCACCUUAAUUUGCAGAUUUACAACUCAAUAAACCAUACAAAAUUGUUUGGAAUCUUCUGAAAUCCAUUUGAAAAUUAAACAAAAAAUAGCAGUAAUUUGGAAUGGAAAAUACCCAUCUAGCCUUAUUAUACAUCUUCUUGCCAGUGCACAGGAUGAUUGUGCAUAUGCAAAAAGAAAAAGCUUAAACAACUGGUUUAUUUGCAUUUUUCCAAAGUGCCCAUGGUCACUAGUUUGAGUUAGGGACUUAAUGGACUUCAAAAUAUUGGUUUUAAAAAACACCAUUUUUGAGUUUUAUUAAAUAAAAAAGCACCAUAAACAACUAAUAGGGUUUUUUUAAAUUAAUACUCUUGGCAUCUCUUCUUUUGAUGCAUGUGCAUAAUUCCCAUGUUAAAUAAGAGGUUGCAUGUAUUUACAUCACCAGAGAUUAGAUUCUUUUAUAACUCAUGGUUAUUUUUUUUAACUUUAGAAAUAGCUUUUAUUUUCCCAGAGGCCUUCUUAUAAACUUGUCAGUUCAAGACAGAAUCUUAGGACCAUGUUAUAAAUCACUGGAAAUAAGGGUUUCUUUUUUAAAAAAAGAAAAAAACCCACCACUGGUAGCCCCAUUAACUAAUUGUGCCUCUAUAAUUUGAUAUUUUGUCUAAUAAUGUAACUGAUUUUUUAAAAAUCAAAGUUUUUAUAGUAAAGUUAAUUUUUAAAUAAAAGUUUUAAAGCAAAAGGGUUUUCUUUAGAGGUAAACUUAUGUUUUAAAUCGAAGUGUUAAACUAAGUUAGUACCUUAGAUAAAUCUCAUGCUGACAUAUAUUUUUAUGGUAUAAGAAUGUCCUCUCUACCUAACCUGUUCUGACUCGUUUUCGGAUACGCAUAGUUCUGUUUGUAAAUGGGGUUUUGUGCACAUUCUACUUGAGAACAAUUGUGUUUUUAUUUAUAUAUAUAAAUUUUUUUUUACGGUCAGUAAAUGGACUGUUCUUCAUGUUGUCAGCUGUAAACUUGUGCUUUUCUCACAUACACAACUUUCCCUUGGAACCUCGUAAUAUCCACAUGUUGAAGACUUUAUAAUAUAAAAAAUGUUAUGCAUUUUUGCAUGAAAAGCCUUUUGUAAAUAGGGCCCUAAGUCAGUGAUUUUUUAAACAAAUUAAAUAAUUGACUAUAUUUAAAUAAGAGUUUAAAUAAUUAUAUAUUUUCCUUUAAAACCAGUAUGAAGAGUAACAGCUUAUUUUUUUAAAGAAAAAAAAAAAGUACUUGGAGUAUAAGUUUUGGAAAACUAUUGCUGUAAUAGUGGCAAAAUCACAUUUAUUGUAUGUAAAAACUUCUUUAUAUACCUGACUUCUGACUGUUAAAGACCUUUUCUGUGCAUGCUCACUGAAUAUGAAAGAAAGAGAAAACAAUGACAUGAGAGGUAAAUAUAGAAACUCGGAAAGAAAGCUGAGGGGAGGUCGUGGCAAAGGAUGCUCAGAGGAAGCCAAUGUGUGUGUGUUUGAGGUCGCUGAGAGUCAUUUGUUUAAAAAGAGCAGGGCUGACAUUUUCAAAGUGGUUGAGAUAUGUUCCCUAGAUACACAUCUCCCAUUAAAAAUGAAUGGGUCAGAUUCUGCUACCAUUAUUCAUGUUAAAUAGUACCUUAUUUCAUGAGUAGUCCCACUGAAAACAAAAGACCUGAAUAAAGAUGGUAGAAUCUGAGCCAGUGAAAAUGGGGGAAGGGAUGUGAGUGAAAUUCUGAUCAUGUUGAAGGCAAUGGAAAUAUUCUUUCUGACUUCAGUGCGGCCAGGAUUUCACCCAGUGUAUCUAAAUCAUUUGCACACACUGAAAGCCUCAACCCAGAUUCAUGCAGGGAAGCAAAAAAGGGGGAAUGGCCUGGGGGUGUGUGUGUGUAUUUUUAUAUAUAAUAUAUAGAAGUGGUCUUUUUUGCUACUAUUCAUUAAAGUAAAUUUAGUGAAAACUUUGACAAAGAAUAUUCUUUGUGUAACAGCCGAAAGAGAAUAGUUCCGAGCCCUGUUUCUUGGUCCAUGUUAUAUAUAAUUGACUUUUACACAUUUUUUCACAUUUCAUUGAUUAAAACAAAUUUGUGACUUGUCUGACUUCCCUGCCAUGCUCUCUCCACCAUUUAAAACCUGGCUUUUCUUCCCCACUGAAAUUUUUAUUAUUUUUGUUUAUUUGCAUUACUGUAGCAUAAGGGGGCCCAAUUAUGGACUUGGAUCCCAUUGUGCUAUGUCUAAACAUAGAACAAAAGGAUAGUUCGUGCCUCAAAGAGCUUACAAUCUAAUAUAAAUUUAGCAAUUUCCCCCUCCAAUUCUUGUUCUGUUUUGAUUUUUUCCUCUCCAGUUCUUUCUAGCUAAUUUGCCUGUAUUAAUUUGUAUAUGAUCUCAUGACCAUAGUAUCAGAAUGUUCCUUUUUGAGGCCCUGAUUCAGAAAGGUAUUUAAGUAUGUGCAUAACUAAGUGAACAGAACUACUCAGAGUUACACAUGUAUUUAAGUACAUUGCUGAACGGGUGCCCAGCUGGGUACUGUCAUUUUGUGCUUAAUAUUUUCACAUUAUUUUUCUUAUCUUUAUUUUGAAUUUUCUCCUUUGAUGUUGUAAUUCUUUCCCUCUUUUCUGUCUCUGACUCUUCAGUCACUUACUGUUACUGUUAUUACAAACUCACUUUGUCUUAUGUGUUGAUUGCUGGCCUUGUGCAAUGCUGCAGUUUGAUGGCUUUUCCAUUGUAUUAAUAUUUUUCUUAAUCCUACUGUUUUUUCAGAUUUCCUGUUUUUACUCAUUUCCCCUUAAGGCAUCUUUGUUUGCGUUAGCUCCUUUUUGCAUUUUCUGCCAUUAAAAUUUUUUACCUUCUAUCUGGAAACAAAUAACAGGAAUGUCUAGUAUGGGACUAAAUGAACUAAGAGUUAUUCCAGAAGAGGAGAGAACAUCCUAACAAUUGAAUGCCUGUUUAUAAUUAUGGAUUGGAUUGGGAAAGUAAAGUAAAUAUAUAUAUCAUUUUGUAAUGUAUGCAGAAAUUUGUUUUGUGCUGUCAGUUGAUUUGUUAUAAAUUACAGUAUUUUAGAUCACCUUUUCCUGGAAACUUUCCAGUGGCAUAGGUCUGAGCAUGCCCAGAAAGCAAAGGUUUUCUUUCUUGUUUGUUUUUAAUGUUUUACAGAUAUGAGUUUGUUCAUUCCUCCAACCACAAAACAUCACAUGUCCUGUUCUAAUAAAAUAAAGACUGAAUUUUG